ACAUAUAACAAAACUUGUCAACGACCUCAAAGAUUCAUAUUUUUAUUAUUCUUUUUAUUUUAUUUUAUUUUAUUGUCCACAACCCGAAAGGCAAUUCCCUAUAAUAUUUUAAAAAUAUAUAUAUAUAUUUGGUUCUAUACUCAUUUUGUUAUUGGGUAGAAAAGUGGGUAUGCACACAGUGGCGGGUCAAGUCUAUCCUCGUACAUUGCGGAUAUUAUGAGUCUUCACAUAUAACUCUAUGUUUUAUAUAGCGAACUUCAACUUCCUGUCACGAAAGUUUCAGUUAGUUACGUUCGCAUUGCACCACACACAGAAAUGUCAAUGGACCUCUCGAGGUUCUGGUAUCAGCUGUUUCUUUUGAAUAUUCUUUAAACGACACCUUCCCUUAUGAACCCAUUGCAAUGAUGCCGACAAGGCCCUGCACUUGAAACCGGAAGAAGAACAUCCCAGAGAUUAACGUUGCUCAAACACUGUUCCACAUUCACAGUGUCAGUAACAGUAAUUAACAAGAUGAAAAACGUGAUCAGAGAUAUCACUAAACUUCUAGUGACAUAUUUUGUGCCGGUAAUUAUCACAAUGUUUAUUUGCUUUUGCAUGGAUAUGCCUGGCACCACAGCAGCAAUUGUGGGAUCUUUAAUGGGUUAUUUCUUUAUUUGUUUUGACGGGGGGAAAGCACGAAAAGCAAUACGGAGGGCGACUUCAACGUUUUCGAAAGUGUACUCAUUUUUCGGCUCUGAUAGAACAAAUGUUUAUCAUGAAGAUUUGACUCCUUUGCAUCAUGUGACAGUGUCUACCCCAGCUCUCUUUCAUAUAGAAAACUUGCCACCAACAAUUACCCCAGAAACUGUGAUCACAAAGCUUACAAAGAAGAAUGAUUUUAGAGGAAAAAGAUAUCUACAGGUGGCCAUUCCAGUUGACACAAAACAGAAAAACGCUGGAUUAAGUGGAAAAGCUUUGGUGUCAAUACCAAGAGAAUAUCUUGUUGACAGUAGAAUUCUUCAGAUGUGCAAUAACCCAUCCUUCACAGCAAAAUAUAACUGGACUAUCACGGAGAUCAGCAGUAGACAGCUGCUAAAGUUUAAGAGUGUCAAGUACUGGAAAGUCUCUGGAAAAGCGGGCCAGCCUAACGAGGUUACUGUAUGCCCAUUAUUCAAGGAAAUCAAAAUACAAUUCGGGUACAACGUUAUUGACUGUGGAUCAUGUUUGUUCCAUUGCAAGGCUUUCAGUGCAAAGAACGAUGAUACCACAGAAAAGUUCAUCAGAAAUAUCGCUUCGAGAGGUAUUCAGAGAAUAGUGGUAAAAGCAGACACAUUAAAGGAAGCUAAUGAGGCAUUGACAUUUUGCCAAAAGUACAGACAUUUUAUUUAUGUCAAUGCAGGAUUCAAUGCAUAUCUUGAGGAACAGGGUGUCAGGGCAUGCUUGAGACAAUUAAAACAGAGUUGUACAGGAUUAGCAUGUAUUGGAGAUAUUCCUUUGUGCUAUCGUAAGGGAAAACUCGCAAAAGAUAGACAGCUGUCCAAUUUCAAAGAACUUGUUCCAUUCUGCUACAAUCGACAAAUCCCAAUACAUUUUCAUGUUGGACCCAAUGAGUGUAUUCAUGAGAACUUCCUUCAGGCCCUCUCUUCCUACCCCCUGAUGAUCUACUCCUGGUGCAUUUCUUUUGAUGAAGACAGUUUAUUCACUGAAAAAGAUGUAGCCACUUUAAUUAACAAAUUUAGAUGUUUUGUAAUGGUUGAUGCUCAUAAUUUGAAAUGUAACUCCAGAUUUGUCUCCCUUAUGGAGAAGAAAAUCAUCCCAGUGGAAAAAAUACUUCUCCGGAGCAAUGCACCAUUCUCCUUCUUUGGGAAAUCCAAGAAAGAAACAUGGCACAGCAUGAAAGACUUUCAAGUCCAUUUUCUCCGAAAACAAUUACGAUAUUUGCAUCCUGAAAGUUUAGAGACCAUGUUCAGUGAAGAUGGCAGCUCAGUGCCCACCAUUUUGUGCUGUAUGAUUGAACUUCUAGCAGGAAUUGUUGAUGUUCCUCCACUCUCUCUGGCAAAAAUUCUGAUUAAGAAUGCAGAGUCGUUUUUCAAGUUUUCUGACCCUUCAAUAUCAUAUUCUUCACAGAGCAGAGAUGCCAACCCCUAGGACUAUUUGUGAGGAGUAAUCGAAAAAGGCCGGGGAUAUGGGGCCCGCCUAGAUUUAGUGAAUUCUAAAUACAGUUUCAAGCCAUUUUAAAGGCAUACUUACAUACCUGAGACUGUACAGUUGCACAUUAUAUAAAUGAAGUAAAUUUGAUAAAUAGUUGUCUCCUAUUUUAUUCUACUUCAUUAUAAUCAUUUAGAAUAUGCAAGUUCCAAUCUUUCUCAACAAAUUAUUUGACAAAUUUGAAUCAUGACUGUGAAUUUGUAUAUUUGACAUAAAGGUUUUAUGUUAUAAUGGAAUUUAGAGUUGAGCUGAUCAUGUUGGGUCUGUAUUUUGUUGUUUUUUUUAGCUCACCUGAGUUGAAGGCUCAAGUGAGCUUUUCUGAUCACAUUUUGUCCGGCGUCCGUCUGUCUGUAAACUUUUCACAUUUUCAUCUUCUUCUAAUGAACCACUGGGCCAAUUUCAACCAAACAUGGCCAAAAGCAUCCUUGGGUGAAGGGCUUUCAAGUUUGUUCAAAUGAAGGGCCAUGUCCCUUUCAAAGAGGAGAUAAUCACAAAAAUGCAAAAAUAGGGUGGGGUCAUUUAAAAAUCUUCUUCUCAAGAACCACUAAGCCAGAAAAGCUGAGAUUUACAUGAAAGCUUCCUGACAUAAUGCAGAUUCAAGUUUGUUCAAAUCAUGGGCCCCGGGGGUUGGAUGGGGCCACAAUAGGGGAUCAAAGUUUUACAUACAAAUAUAUAGAAAAAAUCUUUAAAAAUCUUCUUCUCAAGAACCACUGAGCCAGAAAAGCUGAUUUUUACAUGAAAACUUUCUGACAUAGUGCAGAUUCAAGUUUGUUCAAAUCAUGGCCCCCGGGGGGUAGGAUGGGGCCACAAGUGGGGGGGGGGGGGUGUCAAAGUUUUACAUACAUGCAAAUAUAGGAAAAAGCUUUAAAAAUCUUCUUCUCAAGAACCAUUGGGCCAAAGAAGUUGAUAUUUACAUGAAAGCUUUCUGACAUAGUGUACAUAUGUAGAUUCAAGUUUGCAAAGGGUAGUUUGGGCCAUAAUAGGGACUAUUAGGUUUUACAUGCAAAUAUAUAUGGAAAGUCCUCAGAUAUGGGCCAAGGUGACUCAGGUGAGCAAUGUGGCCCAUGGGCCUCUUGUUUUCCUGUUGUUGUCACAAUGCUGAAGAUUCUUUCAUUCAUUCAAAUGAAAAAUGGUCAGCAUGAUUUGUGCUAAUUGUCCGUAUCUAAAACCCCCUGGAGCAUUCCGAAUCUGUCUAAGCUCCAUUUGAUUUUUACAUAAACUGCGAUUAUAAACACAUACAACUGUACAUGAAUUUUUGAUAAAACUAGCAUAACAUUCUUUAAUAUUUACAACCGUUUUCUCUGUGAUAACCCUUUGAAGCUCCAAUGUAUUAAUUUGUACUCAUUAUACAUAAGUGGAUGUAAAUUUUUAACACGUGCAAAUGAAUGACGUCGGUGGGUGGGGACUAUGGAAAUUAACAUGGAAUGCCAAGUGUAUUUUGUAUUUCAAUUUCAACUGAGCAGUAUUUUAGACAUGUCAAUUUUGUAUUUUCAUUUUAUUGUCUAGUUUGUUUGAUAUGCAAGAUGAUUACUUAGAUAGGAGAAUGUAACAAUUUUUGCAUAUAAUGGUUUUUUUUAAUACAACUUACCAUAUUUCCCAUUGUAGUUUUAUAAUCAUCUCACAUACCCAACAAACCAGACCGUGGUUCUAUAAAUGAAAUUUACAUUUAAGUUGUCUAUAUUUGUUUUAAUGUAUAAAUAUUUUAUUAAAACAGAAAAGGAU